CACAGUAUCGAAGUCAAGUCUGAGAUUUUUAGGAGCCCUCUUCCUAGCCUGGAGCAACCAGUCUUCAGUGAUAUUUAAUGAAAAGGGGGAAGUCGGCCCCAUUCCAUGGAAAGUUUAAACUUAUUUGCCUCUUUUCAGGUGGGGAACCUCUCCCCCCGGUGAAAAUUCGGAAAAAAAAAUUAUUUGCCUCUUCACCUACUCCAUGAUAAUCGUGUCCGUGUGAAUCCAUGCAUAGGCCGGCUUGUGAUUCAACCAUCAAGUGGCAAGCCGAGUAGAUAAAGUGGAAAAAGGAAGAGCACAACUCCUAUUGGAUUCAUAGCACCUCAAUCUUGUCACAUCUUGUGACGCCACUUCUAUGAAAAAACAAUUGCUACCUUUCACCACUUGGCUAGCAGCAUAUUUCCGUAGCUCUGAAUAUAUGUACUAGUAUCUGAUGGAUGCCCACUUUCUUGUUCUGAUUCAUCGCCUCUCACCGUGGGGCUGCAAUCUGAAUAUCUGAGGAGAGGGAGAUCCGGAGAUGGGUCCGUGUCCAAGGUGGAGCUCGUGCUUACGCCAUGGCUCCCUCCUCUCCUUGCUGCUACUCCUGUCAGUUCUGUGUUCUUCUCGGAGGGCGGCAGCUCAGGCUCAGCCGCAGCCGCAGACCGACCCAACCGAAGCGGCGGCGGUGAACGCGAUACUGGCCAAGUUUGGGCUGAAGGCGCAGCCGUCCUGGAACAUAAGCGGCAACCUCUGCAGCGGCGCCGCCACGGACGACUCGGUGGUGCUGGACGACAACCCAAACUUCAACCCGGCCAUCAAGUGCGACUGCAGCGAACAGAACGGCACUAUCUGCCACGUCACCAAACUGAAGAUAAAUGAGCUGGAUGCCGCUGGCCCCAUCCCGGAAGAGCUGCGGAACCUCACUCGCCUCACCAAACUGGACCUUAAGAAAAACAGCUUGACCGGCCCAUUGCCAGCAUUCCUUGGUGAACUGACUACUAUGCAGUACAUAACCGUGGGCACCAAUGCAUUAUCUGGACCUGUGCCAAAGGAGCUUGGGAAUCUUACAGAGCUCUUAUUACUUGCAUUGGGCUCAAAUCAUUUUAAUGGAUCACUUCCAGAUGAGUUAGGAAAAUUGACAAAACUUCAGCAGAUGUACAUUGAUAGUAAUGACUUCAGUGGUCCUCUACCAGCGACACUGUCCCAGCUUACGAACCUGUCAACUUUGUGGGCAUCAGACAAUAAUUUCACUGGGAAGAUACCUGAUUAUCUUGGGAGCUUCACCAACUUGAACCAACUGAGGAUCCAAGGGAACUCUUUUCAAGGACCGAUUCCCAUAAGUCUUUCUAAUCUUAUGAAGUUGACUAGCCUGAGAAUAGGCGACAUAGUAAAUGGAAGCUCUUCAAUGGCGUUUGUGAGAAACAUGACAUCUUUGAGUGAUCUGGUAUUGAGGAACAGCAAGAUAUAUGACACACUUUCAUCGGUAGAAUUCUCCCAAUUUGUAAAUCUAAAUUUAUUGGAUUUGAGUUUUAAUAAUAUCACGGGCCAAAUACCUCUAUCAAUCUUUAAUCUUCCUUCGCUUAUUUUUAUAUUUCUUGGGAACAAUAGCCUUUCAGGAAGUCUACCAGCUACGAAAAAUCAACUACUUACCAAUUUAGAUUUUUCAUACAACCAUCUCUCAGGAAGCUUUCCUUCGUGGGUUACCCAGAAAAACCUGCAAUUGAAUUUGGUGGCAAACAACUUUGUGAUGGAUAGCUCCAAUGACAGUGUUUUGCCAGGGCUGAAUUGUCUUCAGCGAGAUACCCCUUGUUUUCUCGGAUCUCCACAGUCUUCCUCCUUAGCGGUAGAUUGUGGAGGUAGUAGAACCAUAUCAGGCUCAGACAAUUCGAUGUAUCAGGCUGAUAAUGCAAAUCUUGGUGCCGCAUCUUAUUUUGUUGGGGGUGAACCUAUAUGGGGUAUUAGCAGCACUGGAAGAUUCAUGGACCCACCCAACGGAAGUUACAUAAUCUACAGUUCACGCCAAUUUCUGAACACACUAGAUUCUGGGUUGUUCCAAACCGCAAGAAUGUCACCAUCAUCUUUGAGAUACUAUGGCAUUGGACUCGAGAAUGGAAACUACACAGUGACACUUGAAUUUGCAGAAUUUGACUCCCCUGAUCCACAGGCUUGGAAAAGCAGAGGGAGGAGAGUUUUUGAUAUCUAUCUCCAGGGAGAGCGCAAGGAGCAGAACUUCGACAUAAAAAAGGCUGCAGGAGGGAAAUCCUAUGUUGCUGUGAAGAAGCAGUAUGUUGUUCCUGUGGUAAAAAACUUUCUUGAAAUUCAUCUUUUCUGGGCUGGCAAGGGUACUUGCUGCAUUCCUACCCAAGGUUACUAUGGGUCUGCAAUAGCGGCUUUAAGCGCAACUCCAAAUUUCACCCCUACAGUGCGUAAUUUUGCGGCAAAGAAGAAAGGCAGUAAAACAGGUGUGAUUGCGGGAGUAAUAGUUGGUGUGGCAGUUUUAGGACUGUUAGCAUUUGCUGGAAUCUUUGUUUGGAGGCAGAAAAAGAGAAAACUAACGUUGGAGCAAGAAGAGCUGUACAGUAUUGUGGGAAGACCUAAUGUCCUCAGCUAUGGAGAACUGAGGUCAGCUACUGAAAAUUUCAGUUCUAAUAAUCUUCUUGGUCAAGGAGGUUAUGGAUCGGUCUAUAAGGGAAAGUUAACUGAUGGGAGGUUUGUGGCAGUGAAGCAGCUGUCUGAAACAUCUCAUCAGGGGAAAAAGGAAUUUGCGACGGAAAUAGAAACCAUAUCUCGGGUCCAGCACCGUAAUCUCGUGAAGUUGUAUGGUUGCUGCCUUGAGGGCAAUAAGCCAUUGCUGGUCUAUGAGUACCUAGAGAAGGGAAGCCUAGACCAUGCUCUAUUUGGAAAAGGGAGGUCAAAUCUAGACUGGCCAACACGUUUUGACAUAUGCUUAGGCAUUGCAAGAGGUCUAGCUUAUCUUCAUGAAGAGUCUAGCAUCCGUGUUGUGCACAGGGACAUAAAGGCCAGCAAUGUCCUUCUUGAUGCCAAUCUCAACCCCAAGAUCUCAGAUUUCGGGCUCGCCAAACUUUAUGAUGAACAGGAGACACAUGUCAGCACGAAAGUUGCUGGUACAUUUGGUUAUCUUGCACCUGAGUAUGCCAUGAGAGGCCAUGUGACGGAGAAGGUUGAUGUGUUUGCAUUUGGCGUCGUUGUACUGGAGACUUUAGCUGGAAGACCAAACUAUUACACUACUGGGGACCAAAACAAGAUUUAUAUUUUUGAAUGGGUCUGGGAACUGUACGAGCACAACAACCCUCUGGACAUGUUAGACCCGAGGCUCGAAGAAUUCAACAGCGAGGAGGUGCUCCGGGCCAUCAAGGUGGCGCUUGUGUGCACCCAGGGCUCGCCCCAUCAGCGGCCAUCCAUGUCGAGGGUGGUGGCCAUGCUGACUGGUGACGUCGAGGCGCCAGACAAUGUGGCCAAGCCCAGCUACAUCACGGAGUGGCAGAUCAAGGGCGGCGACACGAGCUUCAUGAGCUCAGAGGUCAGCGGGCAGUCGAGCUUGACUCCGAGGUCUGGCACAGCGCACUUGCCGUUCCUGGGCGACGAAGGCCGUUGAUAUGGUUCUCACGGGUGAUCGCCCGGCUCAGGCCUCAUGGUGACUUCUUGUGCUACACACCUGUUGAGAACUAGAAGGAUAGACGCGCUUCUCCCCGCUGCAUAUCCCUCGUUGAUGCACGGCCUUUGCCUACCGGAGUGUAUCAGCAGGCGUUGUCAUCAGUUGACAUUUUGCUGUGGUGAACAGAGAGCAUGGGCGCCUGCUCUACUGUUGUGUGAUGUCUUUAUCAGUUUAA